UAAAAAGCAUGACUUGUCAAUAGCUUCUCAGACUCAAAAAGACGGCGACCAGCCAGAGACGCACAGAGAACAGCGACAGCUCCUUGUCUGGUUCCCAACAGCUUCCUCCGACCGUCUGCUGACCUGAAACAUGCAGGGCAACAUGAAGUUUUGGCUGGGAGUGUCCACCUUUGCAUUUUGCUUGCUGAUCUGCAUAGGAACUUUUGCCGAGGCUUACCCGUCCAAGCCGGACAACCCCGGAGAAGGUGCUCCUGCUGAGGACUUGGCUAAAUACUACUCCGCAUUGAGGCACUACAUUAACCUCAUUACCAGGCAGAGGUAUGGAAAGAGAUCUAGCCCUGAGGCUCUGAUCACUGAUCUGCUGCUGAGGGACAACUCAGAAAGUUUUCCUAAAUACAGGUAUGAUGAGCCUUCCAUGUGGUGAUUGAAAAUAAAGAUUUUAUUUAACGGGAGCCACAUUUUAACAUCCAUUGGCGUGGAAAUGCAACAUUCUCCAUGUUCUAAAGACCCUCAUUUUAUAUUCAAAGACAGCCAAUGCAUGAAACCAUCAUUGAACCUGUAGAUUUUUCUUUCUUGCAGCACAUAUUGUAUAUAAAGUUUAUUUAAAUAAAAUAUAUCUUCACUGAAUAUGUAAUGCAUUAUAAGGGUGAUAAAGAAAUUAUUCCUUUUAUGGGAAGGACUGGUUUGUGCUAUUAAAGUUCAGUAAUGAAACAGUACAACCUAAAUGGAGAUGUGUAUAAACUUAUCUAACCAUAACAUGAAACUAAACGAGAAAACUAUGAUUUGUCAACAUUAUCUAUUAAUAGCAUUUGUGAACUUUGUAGAAUUGUUUUCUGUAUCAUACUGCACUGCAACUCUUUUGAAUUAUAAAUGAGUUUUCACAAGAGUGUACUUAACCAACAUCAAAAUACAUAAUACUUCAACAUAACCUCUAAAUACA